AUGAGCUUCUCUAGGAUCCAUAUCAUGAUCACUUUUUUACUUAUUGUGUCCAUUCCUUAUGCAGUUUCAAUUACUUUCAACUUACCAAAUAUCGGUCCACAGCAUUUGAACCGUGAAAUACAAGUUAAUGGAAGUUAUAUCUCUGAUGGUGGACUACAAUUGACCCCAAAUGAGAUUGGUUCAGAUCGAACCCAAAAGGCAGGACAAGCCAUAUACUAUAGACAACUUCGCCUUUGGGACAAUUGUACUGGUGAGUUAGCAAGUUUUAGUACCAAUUUUACAUUUGUGAUCGAUUCGAAUGGGGCUACAAAUUAUGGUGAUGGCCUUGCAUUCUUUCUUGCUGAGAAAAACUCUGUGAUCACAAAGGGUGGAGCAAUGGGACUUCCAAUUGAUCCCAUCACCAUUAACGCCACAAACAGAUUUGUUGCGGUGGAGUUUGAUACUUAUUAUAAUAGGUGGGACCCGUUACCCUCUAACACUUCUCGAGUUGCCGAUCAUGUGGGUAUCAGCAUUAGCUCACUUACUUCUGUUAGGACUCAGAGUUGGUUUAGCGAUAUAACUCGUGGAAGAGAGUGUCAAGCUUGGAUUACAUAUGAUUCGGUCUCCAAAAAUCUUAGUGUUUCCUUCACUGGUUAUCGAAACAAUACAAUCGUACGUCAAGAUGGACUUGUUUACAAAGUUGAUCUCAGAAAUGAGUUGCCUGAAUGGGUUAUUUUUGGAUUUUCUGCUGCAACUGGAGCUAGUUUUCAGAGAAAUACCAUCAUAUCGUGGUCAUUCACUAGUUCUAUCUAA